GACUGCCGCUGUGCGCUGAUAUUAUUGUAAGAGUAAUUUCUUUUUUACGAAAAUGGCGUCUAGUCAGGGAGGUGUGGGAGCUGUAACGGCUCUACAAAGCCAUCACUACUCUAGCGGACCUCACUGGAGCCCGGGUAUCAGCCAGUACCAGCACCAGCAGCAGCACCACACGGCCCGCAGCCUGGACCGGGCUCUGGAGGAUGCCGUGUGCUCGGGGCUGCUGAACCUGAGCGGUAGGAAGCUGAGGGAGUACCCGGGGAUGAGCUACGAUCUGACCGAUACAACACAAGCAGAUUUGUCCAAGAAUCGCCUCACAGAAAUCCCACCAGAAGUGUGUCUGUUCGCCCCCCUCGAGUCGCUCAACCUCUACCACAACUGCAUCAAGUGCGUCCCAGAAGCCAUUAUCAAUCUGCAGAUGCUGACUUAUCUUGACAUCAGCCGAAAUCUUCUGUCAGUUUUGCCAAAAUACUUGUUCAGCCUCCCCCUCAAAGUUCUGCUUGUGAGCAACAACAAGCUUGUGUCCAUCCCAGAGGAAAUCGGCAAGGCCAAAGAAUUGAUGGAACUGGAUGUGAGCUGUAAUGAGAUCCAGGUGCUGCCAGCUCAGGUGGGGAGGCUCCAAGCCUUACGAGAACUCAACAUCAGGAAGAACUGUCUUCACAUGUUGCCUGAGGAGUUGGCUGACCUGCCUCUCAUUCGACUUGAUUUUUCCUGCAAUAAGAUCACAGAGAUUCCUGCAGCCUACAGGAAGCUCAGGCAGCUGCAGCACAUCAUUCUAGACAACAAUCCUAUGCAGUCUCCACCCGCACAGAUUUGUCUGAAGGGCAAAGUGCACAUAUUCAAGUACCUGAACAUCCAGGCAUGUAGGAUGGACAAGAAGCCGGACACCCUGGACCUCCCCUCCCUCGGCAAACGUUGCCUCCCACAGCCACUUACAGAUAGCAUGGAAGAUUUUUAUCCCAGUAAGAACCAUGGCCCUGACUCUGGAAUUGGUAGUGACAAUGGUGACAAGAGGCUGUCUACAACUGAGCCUUCAGAUGAUGACACUGUCAGCCUGCACUCACAGGUUUCAGAGACAGCCCGUGCGGAUGCCCUUUCACUCCUCUCCAAAAUGGAUUCUUGCAAAGAUCAGGAUCUCUAUGACUUUAUAGAGCCCAACCCCGAUGAGGAUCCUGCUCUGUCAGAGUCUGAUGGGCAGCAGAGCAGUCAUGUGUCUUGUAUUAAGGAACUGGAGAAAGUUCUUAACAUGUCUCACCAAAGCAAAGAUAAAGACAGCUGGAAAGAGGAGUCUGGUUCUGAUAAGGAGCAGCUAGUUGAGGAAGAGGAUGAUGAGCUGAAGGAGGUGCUGGAUCUGAGGAAGAUUGCCGUUCAGCUUCUGCAGCAGGAGCAGCAGAAUAGACGACGGUCCUUAAUUUGCAGAGCAGAGAGUCUUAUUCACCGACGGAGAGUGACUGGCCGAGCACACAGAUUCCUAAGUCACUCUGGAAGCUCCAGCAGCAAACCGAGGCCCCCACCUCAGACCGCUCGUAGUGCUUCUCUGGAUGAAGGAAGUAGUGGAGCAUCAGUGCUGAGUGGACAGCCUUCUUCAUCCUGCUCCUUUGAUGGCAGCCUGAAGAUGGAUCAGUCGGAUUCAGAGCCAAAGUGGCCCGAAGUCCCACCCGUCCUCAAUCAGAAUGAAGAUCGCAGGAGGAACAAGUACCUGAGAAAGGAUUAUCUGAAGUACAAAUGUCAGAGUGCUCGUAAAAACUCCAGUGGGAAUGACGACAAUGAGGAUGGCUUGCGCAACGCUGACUUCGGCACCACCCUGACAGUGUUUGGGUUAAAGCCAAGAUCAGCCUUCACCAGAGGAAGCCGCCAGGAGUACGCCUCGACAGACCCCAGUUUCACCAUGAGGAGGAAGAUGGAGCACUUGAGAGAGGAAAUGGAACAGAUAGGACUCUUACGGCAGAACAUUGAGUCCAGACUGAAGGUGUUGCUCCCAGAUGAUGUUGGAGCUGCUCUGAUGGAUGGAGUUGUUCUUUGCCAUUUAGCCAAUCACAUUUGUCCUCGGUCUGUUGCCAGCAUCCAUGUACCAUCUCCUGCAGUGCCAAAGCUGAGCAUGGCUAAAUGCCGUAGGAAUGUGGAGAACUUCUUGGAUGCCUGUAAGAAGCUGGGUGUCACACAGGACAAGCUGUGUCUGCCCCAUCACAUCCUAGAAGAGCGCGGUCUGGUGAAAGUGGGUGUGACUGUCCAGGCUCUGCUGGAUCUGCCUCCAUCGAAGCCCACACAACUCUCAGCUGUUUGACACAAGCCUGAAUGUUGUGUCCAACCUGCAGUCAUCCAGCCAACCCCUCUCCCCAGCCCAAACCCGCACCCAAUUGCCAGGGACCAGAGAGCCCCUUUGGGCGAGGACCCAGUGGGCAGUGGUUCUUUGGGAGUCUGCUUCUGCCUGACUGAAACAGGAGACAGGAGGAAGAAAUACCUCUGUCUCUUUAUAUGAUGUCAGACGCCACCCACUUCUUGUCCAUCACAUUUUCACUUGUAUCCUGCUCCUAGUUAAUGGGGUCAUCCUGUAUGUGUGUGGACUAGCAACGUGACUGUGUGUUGCCUGUGUGAGCUGCACAGUUUGAACUUGCUGAAAGAGAAACAGACAAGACAAUGGAUGAUCUGUACAUCCCUCUCAACAUAAGCUCAGUGAUUAGUGAGCCUGCAAGUGCCAGUACUAACAUUUCCAUGCUGGUGUUGGAGACAUUGGCAGUGAGGAGAUGACAGACAUGUUACUCACUCUUUCACUAACAAGACCUAAGCUGCACACUGGCCUUGCAGCCACAAGCCACUGACUGACCUCAAGGGGUUCUUACACUCUUGAGUUUCUCUCCCUUUUGUGGAAUUUAUUUUUCCAUGAAAAUUAAUUUUUGACUUUAUUGUAUAAUGUUCUCUUUUUUUACAUGGUGUGCAUCAGGUCCCUACUGUAUCUUCUUUUCAGCAGCCACACCUGAUUUAUAAGUAGUUGACUUAUUUGCAAGUAAGUAUUGCAUUUGAGCAAUCACAGUAGACAUUCUGCCUUCUGUUUUCCCUGAAACUCUGGUUUCACAUUUAAAUUACUGUACAAAUCAUGUGCAACUCCAUACCGAAGUUCUCAAUUCAAAUCUGCAUGCACAGAGGGAAGUGACAUUUGACCACUGUGAGAACACGUGCUUGGCUGUGGUCAAAAGCACGGAGGUCCUGUUUUGUAGCAUUUUUUCAUUGCACAUGCAAGGUUUCUGUAUUUGCAAAUUCUGUAUACUAACUUUUCUAAAGCUUUUAUACUUUCUUCCCAGUCAUUGCCAACUAUCACUUGCCAUUUCUGUGGAGUUCAUAACAUGGGUGCACCAUGUUGGACACAAAACAGUCAAGAUUUUAUUGCUUUGCAUAAUCUCAGAUGAAACAUGUUUAUACUGUGUGUGUUUAUGAGUGAAGUCUCCUGAGUGAAAGGCCUCUGGAUCAGAAAGGGGUUCAGUGCUGCUUAGAGGCUAUCACUAAUGCAAACCUUUCACACAUGGCCUGAUCUUACUGUCAGGCCACCCUGCUGUUUGUGGUUUCAGAUACAGUUCAUUAUUUCAGGGAAAUUAAAUUAUUUAUGUAUUUAUUCCUUUGUUUUAUAUUUUUAUGUUGUUGCUUUGUGCAUCUUAACCCUGACAACAUGUUCAGGUGCGGGGCAGCUGGACAUUUAGAUGUGUUUCUGCAUGAUCCUGCUCAACUUAAUGAUUUAAAGCAGUAAGAUGUUUUAUUUAAGAGGAUUUAGUGACAGCUGUCACACUGAUUCAUGUAGUAUUUUUAAUUGGUUGACAGUAGAAUAACAUGAGAAUAAUUCAAAGUUAAAUCAACACAAAACAUACCACACCAUCUGUCAAUAGAAAUGAUAACAUUGUUGACAGCAUAAUAGAGGCUUGACGAAACACGCAAGAGUUUAGCAUGUUCACAAAGGCUGACUUUAGGGGUAUUUAAAACUGUACAAUGUGGCAGUACAAUCAAUUUCAACAUAAAGCUGCACCCUGUUACCUUAAACCUUCUGUUAAAUCUGCACUAUUAUUAGUACUUUAUUUAUGGGCUAUUAUUUCUGCAGCAUAAUACCUAGUCUUGAUUUUCUGGAUAGCACAGGCAGCUGUGGUGCACCUUUCAUUUUUAAAAUUAGGUCUCCAACUUGUGAAAAAAAAUUUUUUUAACAGAAAUUGAUGUAAACCACAUUAUGGGUUCAUUAUAAAUAUCAAAGUAAAAAAAACUCAGAGAAGCUUGGAGAACUCGAAAAAACAUUUCAGUUCAUUUAAAACAUCAGUGACAUCAAUUAAAUGAGCUCUGAGCCUGUCAUUGACACAAAGUCCCAUGUUUACAACAGAAACAAGUAAGCAAGGCAGUUAGAGCAGAGUUUUGAUGUUUAGUGAGGACAUAGCAAAUCAUAAUGCAAAAACUGCUAUAUCAGUGUAUUGUUUGUGUAGCUGAAACAUCUUGGAGGACAACAGUACUUAGUGCCACUUCAACACCUUGAAAGUCCACAUAUAUCAUGUUAAACAGCAUUGUAACAUCUGAAAACAUGACAUAUUGUGCCUUAAAGUAGUAUUCUUUGGGUUUUCUGCAGUCUUACACCAUGAGUUGUAGUCAUCUUCUUUGCUGAUGAGCUACAACUCUUGACUGGCUGCCAUACUGGAGAAGAAUUUAGUUAGAGCUCAAUAAUCGGACAACUCCAUGGUCUUCAUUACAUAAACAACGAAAAUCUGAGACUUGUACUUGAGGUUUAGUUCAUUGAGUCUUGCAUGACUAGCACGUAUUAGUUUCCAACUGUCUCACAGUACAAAGGUCCCACAUUGGAAUGUCAUUUUAUUGAUGUUCCUGAGAAACUUUGCCUUCUCUGAAUGGGUAUUUACUCACUUGCGGCAUCAUUUUCCAGAGAAGAAAUGCCCCAGAGGUAAAAAAUAAUAGAGGUUGUCUGGUUUAUCAGGAUAUAUAGACAUAUCUGUUCAGUCAUGUUACACCCUUUUCUUAUGCAGAAAAUCCCACAGAAUUUCUGGGUGUAUUGUAGGCUAAUCUAUAGUUGCGCUACAUGCUCUCACUCAAGAAAUAUCCUAAUCCAUCAUCAUCUUAAUCAUCUUUUAUGCUCCUGUCCACCAUAUAUGUAUCAAACGUGUAUGUAUGUCCCUAUGUAUGUGUCUACCCUUUAAAAUGCUCCCUUUUAAAGGGUAGACAUAUACACAUCCAGUAAAUAAUACAUGUGCAACAGUGGGCUGCAUCUUCGAACAGCAUCUGUGAAACAUAUUGACUGCAAUUACCACCAUGUUAAAUGUUCAUUUACUGUGAAACACAAGCUGAUGUACAAUUUGAUGUAGCACACAGUGCUAUGUUAGCAUUACACAAGCUGUGCUGGCUAUAUCUGAACAACAAGAGUCACAGAGCAAAGGCAUUAUCACUGAAGGUAGCAUUGUAACUUCUCAUGAUCAUCAUCUGUCUAUAAUUACAGGUUUGAAGACAAUGAAGACAUUGAACUGAUGUGUAUCCUACCUCAGGUUUGCCUACUAUUAGUGGUUUAGAUUCAGAUACGUUGCAGAUCAAAAGUUAAAAAAUGAUAUGUUAAGACUUGGCUAAAAAUGUCUGGCCAUAACUUAUACAGUAAGUUAUGGCCAGACAUGUUUCAUCAGUAUGCACUGCUGUCUCAUAUGCACAUAAUCAAUUGUUUUGAGUUUUCAAAUGGCUCACAGUAACUUUAUGUUUCAUGUCUAUCUUUAGGAUUGAGUUUGAAUUUUAAUUAAUUUUUAUGAUACUGGCACCCAAUGAGUCAUUGCGCAAACUAGAAAGACACACCACAAAGGAGAUAUUUUGUGGCCUAGUGUUGUCACUGCUGUGGCUUUUAAUUGGGAUCAAAUUUAUUUGAAUUGUAUUGCAUUGCAAGGGAGAACUAGCACAAACAUCCUGACAUUCUCUCUCCUGAGGAAAAAACUGAACAAUCCAAAUCAAAUGUUAUAUAUAUUAUAUAUCAAUCUAUGAGCCUACAUGUAGCUGUUUUUUUUCUUCAUGAAAUGCUUUUUUACAUAAGGUGUGGCAACGUUAGCCAACAUAAUUCAAACCAUCACACACCCUGAAAGAUCUUUGACCUUAUAAAGGUGGAAAUUCAAAGCUCUCCUCUCUCUGUUUUGCUGAUGGAUGUGCUAGACGUGACUCACCCGACGUCAGAUUUUUUCCCCCUUUAUGUCCAUGCUAACACGCACUGCUUGUCUGAACAUGCAAUAUUUCCUUGUGUGUGUUCAUUUUUCUAUAGCUAUGUUUCCUUUUAGGACCCAUGUUAAUUCUCAGUAGUUGCCUAAUUGUGUUUAAUGAGUUUACAGCCAUGCUGGUACAUGCAUGCUAGAGGUGAGCAAGUGCUAAAAUUAUUAUUUGAUGACCUACAUAACUCCGAUGCAAUGCAAUUCAAUUUAAGAGUGGAUAUUUCCCCCUCCCUCCUUUAAUGUGUGUGCGAUAGGUGUGCUGUCUUGUUCAGUUCUCUAUUAGUUUACACCCUAAAAGUUGUUAUGACUCAUUCAUUUAUGAGCUAAGGAGAGCAAAACAAGUUAAUUUUAUGUUUGGAUGGAGUGUAAGUCAUCAUAUGUCACUGCUAUUUCCCUGCACACACUUUAUGUGAUGUUGCCCUUUCAUGGUUUUACUGCUAAAUCUUGAAGAUAAUCUUUUAUACCUUCAUUUCAAUGCCAACUGUCACUGUAGACACAAUUUAUACUAAUGAUUCUCUCAAAUCUAAUCUUCAGCUGUCUGAGUCAGACAAAACAGUUGGGUAUCUAUCAAUCUAGCUAUCUAGAUUUUCAGUCAUUUUAAUGUGACAUUUCCUCAUUGUGCUUACACAGAGGAAUAGUAACACAAAGAUGAUUAGACUGUAACUUAAGAAGAUUCCCUGUGGGUUAGUCCAACUCACUGCUGAAGCCUCAUAUUAGCUUUGGCUGAACUUUGAGAAGUAUUUUUUCCUAGAAUUAGGACUAUGGAAACAAUGGAAUCUCUCUGACAAACCUCUCAGCAUACUUACUGUAUGGGCAUUCGAGUGAGACAGACAAAAAAUACAAAGCUAUCCUUUAAAAUGUAAUAGCUGAUUGUCAUUUAUAACGUGUGUGUUAUCAUCUGUGAACAUAGUGUUUUACCCUAAGGACAGUUCUACUUUGUUCUUUACUUUAUUAUUCUGUUCUUCUUUUGUGCUGAUCUCACUAAUUAAUACGUUCCAUUGAAGAUAUUUUACGAAGCCUGGCACGUUUGUAUGUCACUCCCUUUACUCUGAAUCAUGGAGAAGUCACAAAUUUCCCACAGAUACUUUAGAGGUGCUGAUCUGUGUUUCAUAAUGUGUGUGUGACUACAAAUUCCGUAACGUCUCUGGAAUUAUUGGACAAAUUACAUCUUGUAGUUGACACGGCUAUCAGAAUUUUGCUUUUUAUGAUUGACACUUGUCAUCUCAUCCAAAGAAAAGGUGAAACAGUGAGUCAUGUCUAAAUACUACACUGCCAAGAAAAUUCAAACUAAUGUAUAUAAGCUUUUUGUAUUUUAAAACAAGUCAGAUGCAUGCAAGAAUACUGAAUGGCUGAAGCUGAACCUCUGUACAUAUCAUCUGUAUAAAUUCCAGGGAUUUCUUAAAACAAACAAACGUGGUCAAUAUCAAA